GCCUGAGUGUGGUCAUGAGAGUCUGUAGUUCUAUUCUCGGAAACGCAUAGAACUGAAUACCGCGCUGCCUGGAUCGAGCUCAGUGCAUACGCAACAGAGAGUGGCAUAAAUACUUCUACUCACCGGUGAGAGCUCUUCCAUAUUGCUCCCACAGCACGGAGUUCCAAUCUUUCUAGCAUUUAUCAUGGGUGCCUCACAGUCUUCUUCCUCUGAUCCCCAGACGGGAAAUAUUGUUAUAGUCGGAGCCGGUGCGAGUGGCAUUGCAGUGCUACUGCACUUGAUUGAGAAGGCCAAGAAUGGCAAAGUCCUGCCACCUAUCACUAUCAUCGAGAAGGAGACACGGUUCGGUCCUGGAUUGGCAUACUCCUCCCUUUGCUCAGGCACCAUAAUCAACAUGCAUACCGACACAAUGGGGUUGUAUUUCAAUGACCCCAAGCACUUUUCACGUUGGAGGAGCGAGCUCGAAAGUGGGCCAUUCCCUUCACGAGACAUAUAUGGUGAAUACCUCGAGGACAUGUCGCAUCAAGCACUCAAGGCGGCCCAACAGCUGGGACUGAGCGUUUCUUUCGUUCAUGACGAAGUUACCGACAUUGAGCGCCGAGAUGAUGGGUCGUUCCUUUUGAAUCUAAGCCACGGUGAACCAUGUCAUGCGAGUCGGGUCGUAAUGGCCCCAGGCAAUUUCACCUCUACCAGGUAUACACAUCUGAUGAAUCAACCACAAUUUUUCGCGAGCCCAUGGCCGACAGAGGACCUGAAGACUAUUCCUGCCGACGCCACCGUUUUAGUCAUCGGAUCUCGAUUAUCAGCUGUUGACACCGCUAUAUCCCUGUCCGAGAAUGGGCAUCAGGGCCCUAUCACCUUCAUGUCGAGAAGUGGCCGAGUACCUACAGUCCAAGGAGACCCUGAGCCUUUCCCACGGCGAUAUACCCUCCAUGUACUUGCACGAGAACUUGAAGAGAAUCCGAACGAUGCGUUGGUUAAACUCAUGACUUGCUUGAUGGAUGAAAUUGAUCACGCCACCAAUGGCGACUGGAGCUGGUUCCAAAAACAUGCUUCCCCGCUUGAGGAAUUGCAGGCUGAUAUUAAGGCUGCACGAGAUGGUGAUGUUCACUGGCAGACUGUCCUUCGCUACACAGCACCUGUCAUUGAGAGGUACUGGAACUGUUUGCCACUUGAGAGUCAGAAGCUAUUUCUGGAUAAGUUCUUCAGUCCAUGGAUGAGAUAUCGUCACGGGAUGCCCGUGCAAAAUGCUCAGAAGAUCUUGAACUUGAUGGAGAAGUCCCAGCUGCACGUCGUCGCUGGCGAAAAGGUUUAUUGGAAUCCCGACAAGAAAGUCUUCUUUGCAAAUACCUCAUCAGGACUGGUUGAAGCAUCCUAUGUGGUUGAGGCUACUGGUCAGGAAUGCCACCUGGACCGGAUUUCAUCUCCGUUGAUUCGGUCGCUUGUCUCAAAGGGGCUCUUCACGCCGCAUCCAACGGGCGGGGUCGAUGUCGAUUUUGACACGUUUCAAGCAUCGCCAGGACUAUAUACCAUGGGAACACUAACACGUGGAACACAUUUUUAUGUCAGUGCUAUUGACCGCGUUGCGGCGCAUGCCGCACGAGUUGCGGAUGCUUUAGCUCAAGAUCCUCCUGCUAGGUCCUUGCAUGUCGCUAUUUUCUUAGGCUCUGACUUCCUUUCCACCAUAAUAGUCAGUGAACUUGUUCCGAAGCUUCUUUCUCAAGGGCACAUGCCUUUCAUUUUCCUGUGCCCAGAUGAAAGACGGUCGGAGCCUGUCAAGAGACUGCCGCUUGGCAGGCGAGAGUCAGAAUUCCUCGAAGUUGAGCUUCUGCGGGACUACGUCCGACCAUUCUUGCAGUCUCAGGGCUCCAAAGGUACCAAGCACAUGACCAUUGAACAAAUCAAGUCCACAUAUGGAUUGUUUCUGCAGGACCUCUCCUCGGUGGAUGAUGAGACAUUCUCAGACACGCUCAAGCAUCAUUUCAUCGACGUGGGAGUAUCGCUGAGGUGUGGUGACCGCGCUCGAAAGAUUGCUGCACGUUAUUUCUCGUCAGCGUCUGGGUAUCUGCUCGAUCUUUAUCCGACAUUCCAACGGGCCUCGAGUGAAAGGGGCUCCAAGAAAGCAACGCUUAGCUACUCAAUGGCCAUUUUAGGUGAGGCUGAAGGUCCGAUUGACUCGAGCGAGACUCACUACGAAUCCGUCGACCUCUCUCCUGAUGUUGCUGGAAAUGAGGAUUCAGUCUAUGACCAAGCGGUGCAGAUGGUGCUGCAAUCAAUCGAGUCUCUAAGCCGAGGAAGAGGGCCAGCUACGUCAGAGCCAACGCUGAAGCAUAUGAGCCAGACGCAUUCGAGGAGGUAUUCCCAAGAUGAGGUCUCUCCCUUGGGUCAAGACUUUGUUAUUAGCACCUUGGUAGACUCAUUUGCGCCGCCUGGAAAGAGGCAAGAACUGGGCGCUUAUCUUGAGGGGGUUGUCCGUACUUGGUACGCAAAGCAAGCCGGUACAACAGUUCUCGAUUGAGACAGAUUAUCCAGUGGUUGGUGAGAGAACAGAUUGGGGCCUCGAUGUAUGAGCGCGAAAGAGUUGUUGAAAAAGCGCGGUGACACUUCCCCGCGGUUGCUGUCACUUCAGGUGCAAGGUUGAUUUCCUUCUUUUCCCGAAUCGGAAACCGGUUCCGAUUGCCGGUUUCCCGCUUAACGUCCUCCAUAUCAUGAUCUACUUUUUCACCUACCUUCUUAUGAAAAGGAGGAAUUUCAUUUGGUGUUCAUGUGUCCCGUUCUUGGUCUUCUACUAUGAGUUAAAAUACUAG